AUCCAAUCCAAUCUGAAAUGCGUCUGUGCGUCUGCAUGGCAAUGAUCGCACUACUUUAAUUACUUGGUAAGACCAUUUCCUCGAAUCAAGAGGCUGCGAAAAACAAGACGACGCAAAAUGUCCCGUUUCGAACCUGCGCUCCAACCAGAGAUUCUCCGUGCCCACCAGAAAGACGAGCAGCACAUCGCGUCGCUUCAGAAGGAAGUGUCCGAGGUCGCCCGAUCAGCUCUCGGAAUCCGGCGAUGGAUGCUGUGGCGAUCGGAAAUCGACUCCAUCUCCAGCUUCCUCUACUACUGCGCCACAACCCUCAGCGGUCUACAGACCCUCGGCGAAGAGUACGUCCACAUUCUCCAAGUAAACCGGUCGCUGAAGAGCAUACCUUCGGUUUCCCGACGGACUCUCUCUGUCGCGCUUCACACGUUCGGCGGCGCGCUCACGUCCGCGCUCUUAAAUUUGCUCAAGAGGGCGCGGGGUGCCGACCUAAACGCCCUGCGGACCGUGCUCGGGAGAAGCCAGCAGAUCCACCUGAUCCUCUUCUACCUGCUCGGUCGAUACCACAGUCCCGCGAACAGGGUAGCGGGUAUCAGAUACGUGUUGGUAAGGAAGUGGUUGUCCAAUCCACAGGUAGCUCGCUGCUACAAGGUUCUAGGCUGGCUAUCGCUCAUCGAGUUCGUUGUGUCUCUAACGCGGGAAGUGCGCGGUUUCACGACUGCUUCCGAGGACGGCGACGUGGACGAAGCGCGCUCGCCGAACUAUAGCUGCUGCAUGUGCGUCGACGGUGCGAGGCGCCCCACCGUGAUACCCUGCGGGCACGUUUUCUGUUGGUACUGCAUCGCGGGUUGGCUGAGGGCGAAGAAAGAGUGCCCCUUGUGCAGAAUGCAGUGCAAGCCACAGCAGGCCGUUCUUCUCCGAAACGUUACGUGACCACUCGUUUGCGUGCUCGAGUUACGAUGGCCUCGUGAACGUGUGCGAGGCAGAACGAAAGAAACUAACAAAAGGCGUUGGUUGCUGCUGCUGCCGAGUGUCCCGCUAAAAAAUAAACGUUUUGACUUUUUUUAAUGCAUUAAAUGGAAAUAAGAAAAAGUAUAUCUCUUUCGGGUUAUUGUUUCCUGUCAAGUCGCUUACUUUCAUCAACAUGGUCCUACACAAAUUCUUAACAUUAUGUUCUUUUUCGACUUUUGCAAAUGUGGCUGUCUUCACUAAAAAAAAAAAA